CGGCAGCCCAAGCUCAGCAGACUGCUGAGGCUGAGACAAACGGAACGCCAUAAGCAUGGAGUCCUUGACUUAGAACGAGAGUCACAGGACGACACUGCUCCAAGACAUGCUUUUUGUGCCUUCGGAUACGCAGGCGGAUCCGACACCGGCGGAGGAAGAAAGGAGUAACCUGGCUGACCUGAUGUUGAAUGUGAUGCGGGCGGUAAUGUGGACCAAUACGAUGUUAACGGUGCAAAUACACGAGGGCAAACAGCUGCGACAGACUCAGCAGAAAGAUUCUGCAGCCUUAACAACUGCUGUUCGCGCUGCCGCCACACAUCAGCAACAACAACAACAGCUGUUGAGCACCACCACCGCACGUGUCAACAGCAUCGAGGCUAAGGCCUCAGCAGCGCCAGGCUGCACGACAGACACGGCGAAACAGCUCGGUGAGUGCAUCGACCAUGUCGUCACGAUAAUCGACGAUCUAAGUGACUUCACCAGUCCGGCGACGAUCAGCAGCACGGUGGCCGCCAUCAAGACGGACAUCACCAAACUGCAGUCGCAACCGGCAGCAGCUGCAAAGGCAUACAAGAUGCCACGCUUCAACAUCGGCAAGCUCGAGGACUACAACAAGACCGACGCUUUGACAUGGUGGCAAGCCUUCCUCACCGAAGCGUCCUGCCACAAGGUCCCGACCGAAGACAUGACGAAGGCCAUAUACCUCCAACUCAUUGGAGGUGCGCAGGCGUGGAUGAACCACCUCGCAUUGAUCUCCACGCUGCAGCAGCAUCCUCGAGUGAUGGAGGAAUUGUCGCAGCGCUCCCGCCGAAGCAUCCCAAGAGAGUUCGAAAGAAACCGGCGACACAAGCGACGACAUCGACGGGAACUGGGCAGCAGCCAUGGACGGCUUACAACACACCCAAGGAAGUAUUUGACUUGCGUCAAAGGUACGGAUAUUGCCUAUGGUGCAAUAGUGUCACACACAUUACUGCACAAUGCCCGGAUAAGGGCAAGGCACGUGUACCCCGUCCAGCGAACUCGGGAAACUGAGUUGCGCAAGGAGAGAGGUGACGUCUCCCCCACUCCGCCGGAACUGGUUGCCUUGCUAGCAAUCGAUGUCACUACCGGGGAGCAUGCGUUAGUCGUUGAUUCUCGUGCUACGUACGAGGAUUCUGCCGCCCAGCUGGUACCACCAUUAGACCAGUCGAGCCACGUGCACUUAGAUUGCGUAUGCGCAGCCUGUACACCGUCGGCAAGUGAUCCGGUCAGCUCGCCACUAAUUUCCGAGAACUCGACGGCGUGGUCAAGACUUGAGGAGCUUGACCCGCUCACGAGAGAGGACUUCGCUUGGAUGCCUCUACCCUCAACCGGAACCUUGCCAAGGCCGCAUUGCAAAGCCUUAAUGGCAGAUUUACGCUCCUAUUUGCACGCUACAGUACCAGCUCCGUUGACGGACGACGGGGUAGCGGUUGUCAACCUCCGCUCCUAUCUUGCGAAGAUCGACCGCAAGUACUCCACCCAAAAGUACGCCGAAACCGACGCGCCUUUGCUCUAUAUCCGCAUUGAAAUCGGAAAGGCAACCUGUAGUGCCUUGAUUGAUUGCGGAGCGUCUCGCAACUUUAUUAGUCAAGCCUUUAUGGCCCGCGCAGGCCUUGGCCCGCGCGUUCGAAGRAAGACGCAACCUACGCAAGUUACACUCGCGGACGGCCGCACGCAAAAGUCAAUUGACCGAUGCGUCGACGACGUUCUGGUAUACUUUGCACCACUUGCGUGCGAGCCGGUGUCUUUUGACAUCCUCGACACCAAGUUCGACAUCAUUCUAGGCAUGUCUUGGUUGCGUAGCGCCGAUCAUCCGGUGAACUUUCACGACCGGACCGUUCACAUCCGUGAUCGGAACGGAGUGUUAGUCCCAUGUAYGGUCGCGACCCCUCACACUUCGAUUGCUUGUUACGUGGUUUCCGUUGCGAGAAUUCACGACGCCAGAGCUCAGAAUGACGUCGAGGAGAUGGGCCUUGUAUUCUUGCAUGCUCUCCCCUCGCCGGACGGACCAGCCGCGUCACCACCGGACCCGCGCAUUUCUCACCUCUUGGACGAGUAUAGAGACGUCUUCGAGGCUCCCACCGGAGCGGUUCCGGAUCGGCCCAUACGUCACGGGAUCACUCUCGAGGCUGGUGUCGUCCCUCCGCGUGGAUGUAUUUACCGCAUGAGCGAAGAGGAACUCGAGGUGCUUCACGCACAACUCGAUGACCUUCUCGACAAGGGUUGGAUUCCCACUAGUUGUUCGCUGUACGAUGCCCCUGUUCUCUUCGUCCGGAAGAAGAACAAAGAUCUACGGUUAUGCAUCGAUUAUCGAAAACUUAACGCACAAACCGUAAAGAACGCUGGCCCUCUCCCUCGGAUUGAUGAUUUCCUUGAGCAGUUAGGCGGCGCGACGUACUUCUCGAAGUUGGACUUGAAGUUGGGCUACCACCAGAUUGAAAUUCAGCCUCAAGAUCGGUACAAGACCGCGUUCAAGACGCGGUACGGGCAUUUUGAGUGGGUUGUCAUGCCAUUUGGCCUCACCAAUGCCCCCGCGACUUUCCAAGCAGCUAUGACGAUUGAGUUUCGCGACUUGCUCGAUCGCAGCGUCCUCAUUUACCUCAAUGACAUCUUGGUUUAUAGUAGGACGUUGGACGAGCACAUCGUACACCUUCGCGCUGUUUUGGAUCGUUUGCGACUGGCCAAGUACAAAGCGAAUCUCGACAAGUGCGAGUUCGCCAAGCAGGAGCUUGAGUACCUGGGUCAUUUUGUCACACCGAAAGGCAUUCGUCCCUUAGCGAACAAGAUCCAAGUCAUCGUGGAUUGGCCGGAACCCCGUUGCACGACGGGCUCCCCAAAGGUGCCCUUCGAGUUCGACGACGCAGCCCGUGGCGCGUUCACUACGUUGAAGCCAGCGAUGCAAGCCGCACCUGCCCUCCGUAUAUACGACCCCACCCUUCCCGCCCAAAUGACUACGGACGCUUCGGGAUACGGUAUUGGUGCGGUGUUGGAGUGUCACGAGGACGGUUGGCAUCCGGUCGAGUACUUCUCCCAAAAGGUGCCUCUCGUCAACACUCUCGACGACGCUAGGAAGAAAGAGUUACUAGCGUUCGUCACCGUUCUCAAACGGUGGCGCCACUUUCUUCUCUGUCGUCGGCGUUUUAAAUGGAAUACGGACAACAAUCCGUUGACCUUUUAUAAAACGCAGGAUACGGUCACUAGUACGAUCGGUCGAUGGAUGUAUUACAUCGACCAGUUCGAYUUUGACCCGUGCYACAUUCCYGGUCCCGCCAAUCGAGCUGCGGACGCCCUCUCACGACGGCCCGACUUUUGCGCCAUUGUGACCACGACAUUCGACCUCGAUGACGAUCUGCAGCCGCACUUCGUCAAAGGCUACAAGUCAGAUCGGACUUACUCGGCGCUUUACGCAGAGCUUUCAUCGGAGCACCUGUCGGCUAGUCAUUAUCGGAUUUUCGACGGGUUCCUUCUCCUUCACACGAGAGGAAAGGACUUGUUAGUUGUGCCCCAAGAUCGCAUCUUACGGACUCGUCUUCUCAGCGAAUUCCACGACGCACAACUUUCGGCACACCUUGGCGUGAACCGCACAUUAGCACGCCUCCGCCAGCGUUUUCACUGGUCAGACGUCCUUCACGACGUCACGAGGUACAUUGAGUCAUGUGCAGUUUGCCACCGUAACAAGGGUCGAUCUCGAGUCCCCUUCGGCGAACUGAAACCAUUGUCGAUUCCCCGGGCACCGCGCCUCUCCAUUGCUAUGGACGUGACAGGCCCGUUCCCCCGCGAUCGCCUCGGCCAUGACGGUAUUCUCACGGUUGUUGACCGUUUGAGCAAGUAUGCUCGCUUUCUUCCUUGCAAGUAUCAUGCUGCAGCACCUGAGCUCGCACGACUCUUGCACACCGGUUGGAUUACCAACCAGGGUGUUCCGGAAGACAUAGUGAGCGACCGAGAUACUCGCUUCAUGUCGGCCUUUUGGACUUCCCUCAUGGCCGAGUCCGGCACGACAAUGAAGUCGAGCUCGGCUCGGCACCCGCAGACGGAUGGCCAGACGGAGCGAGCACACCAGACUGCUCAGAUGAUGUAGCGUACGCUCAUCCGUCCCGACCAGAAAGAUUGGGUUGACCGGCUUCCCGACAUCGAGUUCGCCUACAACACUUCGGUGCACCCGGCGA